AUUUGUGUUAGUAAAAACCAUAACACCUUCAGAAUGGCCACAGUGAUUUUGUUAAAAUCGAAUUUUUCCUUAUCGCGUCAAGCUAACAUGCCUCGGAAGUUGAUUACUAGAAAAUGGCUAGAUGCUUGUACAUCUGGUAAAUCUAAGACAACUACUGAAGACAACCGAGAAGAUUCUCAUACGAUUAAACUGAAAAAUGAAAAAGCUUAUUCUCGGGCUAGUAAAGUAAUUGAGAGUAUUAAGAACAGCAGUGAUUCUCGUUCAGAUGUUAUCACGAAACCUAAAUUUUCUCAGGACUUUCUUCCCGUGGUAGAGUCUUCUACUAAGGAAAAUAGCGUAGGAACUGGUUUAUACAUUGAUGAAGACUUGGAAGGCUUGAACCCGCAAGAAAGAAAGGGGCUGGAAGAUUUUAGAAAAGAGAUCAAAGCAUCUUUAACUCCAACGAAGAGCGAAGUAUAUCGUAACCUGCUCAGCACUGUAAAAGCUAGUAACUUUACAGAUUCCUCUUAUGAAAAGUUAUUUAAAAAUCUUCGACCAGAAAUAUCUGUCCCUACUCCCGUGCAGAAUGCCGCCAUUCCUCCCAUCGGCGCGGGUUUGGACGUUUUUAUUCAAGCGCAAUCCGGUACUGGAAAGACUCUUGCUUAUUUGUUGCCGCUCGUCCAGAAUAUCCGCCGAAACGGGAACCCUCUCUCAGGCAUUAUUUUUGUGCCCCUGCAAGAGUUGGCUUAUCAAGUUUGUGCCGAAAUCAAAUUUUUAAAUAAAUCGAGCGAUUUUGUUGGUUUAGCGAUUUCCAGCAGAGACGAUAUUCUUUCCAUUGAAGAGGACGCAGAACUUGAUAAAAAGAGACUUCCUAGCAUAUUAGUAGCGACGCCAACUUAUUUUCUGAAGCUUUUAACUAUUAAAAAAAGGUUUCCACACUUUCGGAAUAUUCGUCACGUGGUUGUAGACGAGGCGGAUCUGCAGUUUCCUUUUAGAAAGUCGUAUGAUACACAAAAACAAAGAGAAAAACGUCUUAAGCAUCUCAAGCCCAUCACACAAAUUUUCGACACUUUUAAAAAAGCCUCUCUUCAGUUUCAAUGUAUUAUUGUUUCUGCUGCACUCAACUCGUCAUUGCGUUAUGAUUUGCUGAAACAAGAAGUUGUUAAAAACCCAUUGAUUAUACGCGAUAGUAAAUUUAAGAUUCCCGAAGAGAUUAUACAUGAAUAUGCAAGUUGCGCGGAGGAGGAUAAACUCAAAGAACUUUCGAAAAUUAUUAAGAGCAGAAAAGCAGAAAAAGGCCUUAUUAUACUCCAUGACGAGGCAAGUCUUCAACAGUUCUCCUCAAUGCUUUAUAAAGAAACCGGCGUGGACUGCUGUUUGCUUCACGAACUUAUUAUAAAGCGCGGACUAUCUGGGCUUGACUUUAUGAGCAACGUUGUCGAGGAUGCGAGAUUUUAUGUGGCCCGGGAGAGGGCUGCUUAUGGAUUGGAUAUAAGAAGCUUAAAAGAAGUUUAUAUAAUGAACCUACCCGAGAAGCCUUCGGGCUAUAUGCACAUAUGUGGGCGUGCGGGGACGGUAGGGCAAAAAGGCCGUGUGACAUCUAUUCUUACAGGUCGGGAAACUUAUCAUCUGCACAAGUAUUCGAAAUAUCUCAACUUCCACUCUCCGCGUCCGUGGACCAAUGAGCCGAUCGAAUGCAGUCCGGAACAGUAACACCCGCUUUCUCGGC